GGCGGAGGGCGUGGCGCGGCGCCCAGGUGAGGGCGCGCAGGCUGCCGCGGAGGAAGGUGACAGCAGGGAGGGCGGCGGGGUGGGCGCGCGAAUGAUUCGAGAACCAAAAGACUGACCCGACGGGCGGGUAUGCGGACGGUCCGGCUCUAGUCCGGGGGCAGAGCCUCGGCCGCAGCCAUGGAGCGGCGGCUCCGUGCGCUGGAGCAGCUGGUGCGGGGCGAGGCCGGCGGCGGCCCGGGACUCGACGGCCUCUUGGAUCUGCUCCUGGGGCUGCACCAGGAGCUCAGCAGCGCCCCCCUGCGGCGAGAGCGCAGCGUGGCGCAGUUCCUUAGCUGGGCCAGCCCCUUGGUAACAAAGGUGAAAGAGCUGCGGCUGCAGAGAGAUGACUUUGAGAUCUUGAAGGUGAUCGGCCGAGGAGCCUUCGGGGAGGUUGCGGUGGUGAGGCAGAGGGACAGUGGGCAGGUUUUUGCCAUGAAAAUGCUGCACAAAUGGGAGAUGCUGAAGAGGGCCGAGACAGCCUGUUUCCGGGAGGAGCGGGAUGUCCUGGUGAAGGGGGACGGCCGCUGGGUGACCGCUCUGCAUUACGCCUUCCAGGACGAGGAGUACCUGUACCUGGUGAUGGACUACUAUGCUGGUGGGGACCUCCUCACUCUUCUGAGCCGCUUCGAGGACCGCCUCCCGCCCGAGCUGGCCCAGUUCUACCUGGCCGAGAUGGUGUUGGCCAUCCACUCUCUGCACCAGCUGGGUUACGUGCACAGGGACGUCAAGCCGGACAAUGUCUUGCUGGACACGAAUGGGCACAUCCGCCUGGCUGAUUUUGGCUCCUGCCUACGUCUCAACAACAAUGGCAUGGUGGAUUCGUCAGUGGCAGUGGGGACUCCCGACUACAUCUCUCCCGAGAUCCUGCAGGCCAUGGAGGAAGGCAAGGGCCACUAUGGCCCGCAGUGCGACUGGUGGUCACUGGGGGUCUGCGCUUAUGAGCUGCUCUUUGGGGAGACGCCCUUCUAUGCUGAGUCCCUGGUGGAAACCUACGGCAAGAUCAUGAACCAUGAGGACCACCUGCAGUUUCCCUCGGAUGUGCCCGAUGUGCCAGCCAGUGCCCAAGACCUGAUCCGCCAGCUGCUGUGCCGCCAGGAGGAGCGCCUGGGCCGCGGAGGGCUGGACGACUUCCGGAACCACCCCUUCUUCGAGGGCGUGGACUGGGAGCGGCUGGCCACCAGCACUGCCCCCUAUAUCCCUGAGCUCCGUGGGCCUAUGGACACCUCCAACUUCGACGUGGACGAUGACACCCUCAACCACCCAGGGACCCUACCACCACCCUCCCAUGGGACUUUCUCAGGCCACCACCUGCCAUUUGUGGGCUUUACCUACACCUCGGGCAGUCCGGGCCCUAAGAGCAGCUCCGAGCAGCUGGAUGCCCUGGAGCGGAGGCUCCACAGUCUAGAGCAGGAAAAGAUGGAGCUGAGCCAGAAACUCCAAGAGGCCCUGCAGGUCGCCUCAGACCAUCAGGAGCGGGAGCAGCUACGGAAGGAAGUUCAGACGCUGCAGGACAGGCUGUCAGAGACGCUGAGGGACAGCAAGGCCCCCUUGUCCCAGACGGAUGGGCCUCCUGCUGGUAGCCCAGGCCAGGACAGUGACCUACGGCAGGAGAGAGACCGGCUCCUCCAGGAGCUGGCGGAAGCUCAGGCAGGGCUGCGGGCGCAGGAGAAGGAGCUCUGCAACGCCCAGGGGCGGCAGGAGGAACUACUCCAGAGGUUGCAGGAGGCCCAGGAGAGAGAGGCGGCUACAGCCAGCCAGACCCGGGCCCUGGGCUCCCAGCUGGAGGAAGCCCAGGCUGCCCGGAGGGAGCUGCAGGCCCAGGUGGCUGCCCUGAGCCGGGAGGUGACGCGGCUUCAGAGACAGCAGGAGCGAAGCCUCAGGAAGGCGUCUGCCCGGGUCAAGACCGUCCACACUGCCUCUGAGACCAACGGUACAGGGCUGUCUGAGGAUGGGCCUCAGGAAGCACCGCUGAGGAAGGAGCUGGCCGCCCUGCGUGUACAGCUGGAGCAGGCCCGAGGCCACGGGCCCAGUGGAAAGGAGGCCCUCUGCCAGCUACAGGAAGAGAACCGGAGGCUGAGCCGGGAGCAGGAGCGGCUGGUGGAAGAGCUGGAGCGGGAGCAGCAGAGCAGGCAGCGCCUGGAGGGCGAGCGGCGGGAGACAGAGGGCAACUGGGAGGCCCAGAUUGCUGACAUCCUCAGCUGGGUGAAUGAUGAGAAGAUCUCAAGAGGCUACCUGCAGGCCCUGGCCACCAAGAUGGCCGAGGAGCUGGAGUCCUUAAAGAACGUGGGCACCCAGACACUGCCCGCACAGCCUCUGGACCACCAGUGGAAGGCAAGGCGGCUGCAGAAGAUGGAGGCCUCGGCCCGGCUGGAGCUGCAAUUGGCCUUGGAGGCCGAGAUCCGGGCCAAGCAGGGCCUGCAGGAGCAGCUGACGCAGGUGCAGGAGGCCCAGCUGCAGGCUGAGAGCCGUCUGCAGGAGGCGGAGAAGCAGAACCGGGGCCUGCAGCAGGAGUUGGCUGCACUUCGGGAGGAGCUGCGGACCCGCGGGCCAGGAGAUGCCAAGCCCUCCAACUCCCUGAUCCCCUUCCUGUCUUUCCGGGGCUCAGAGGUAAGAACCUGGUGGAGGGGCCGGCUGGGAAGCAGUCCUGGCGAGAGGCACAGGGACCUUGACUUUGCUCCUAAACCCCAGAAGGACUCUGCCAGGGACCCUGGCAUCUCAGGAGAGGCACCGAGACCCGGAGUGGAGCCGGAGCUGAGGCCAGAGGGCCGGCGCAGCCUGCGCAUGGGGGCCGUGUUCCCCAGAGCACCUGCUGCUACCGCAGUCCCUGCAGAAAGUCCUCCCACGAAGCCCGGGUCACACACGCUGCGCCCCCGGAGCUUCCCGUCCCCCACCAAGUGUCUGCGCUGUACCUCCCUGAUGCUGGGCCUGGGCCGCCAGGGCCUGGGCUGUGACGCCUGCGGUUACUUCUGUCACUCGACUUGUGCCCCUCAGGCCCCACCCUGCCCUGUGCCCUCUGACCUCCUCUGUGCGGCCCUGGGUGUGCACCCCGAAACAGGCACAGGCACUGCCUAUGAGGGCUUCCUGUCGGUACCACGGCCCUCGGGUGUCCGGCGGGGCUGGCAGCGGGUAUUUGCUGCCCUCAGCGACUCGCGCCUGCUGCUGUUUGACGCUCCGGACCCUCGGCUCAGCCCGGCCAGCGGGGCCCUCCUACAGGCACUGGAUCUGAGGGACCCCCAGUUCUCAGCCACCCCUGUCCUGGCUUCUGAUGUCAUCCAUGCCCAGUCCAAGGACCUGCCACGCAUCUUUAGGGUGACAGCCUCCCAGCUGACGGUGCCGCCCGCCACGUGCACCGUGCUGCUGCUGGCGGAGAGCGAGGGCGAGCGGGAGCGCUGGCUGCAGGUGCUGGGCGAGCUGCAGCGGCUGCUGCUGGACGCUCGGCCACGGGCCCGGCCUGUGUACACACUCAAGGAGGCCUAUGACAAUGGGCUGCCGCUGCUGCCCCACACGCUCUGUGCCGCCAUCGUUGACCAGGACCGGCUCGCUCUGGGCACCGAGGAGGGGCUGUUUGUGAUCCACCUGCACAGCAACGACAUCUUCCAGGUGGGCGAGUGCCGGCGGGUGCAGCGGCUGGCUGUGAGCCCCACCGCGGGUCUUCUGAUCGUGCUGUGUGGCCGCGGCCCCAGCGUGCGCCUCUUCCCCCUGGCCGAGCUGGAGAGUGCGGAGGUGGCAGGCGCCAAGAUCCCUGAGUCUCGAGGCUGCCAGGCGCUGGCAGCCGGACGCAUCCUGCAGGCCCGCACCCCUGUGCUCUGUAUCGCGGUCAAGCGCCAAGUGCUCUGCUACCAGCUGGGCCCAGGCCCGGGGCCCUGGCAGCACCGCAUCCGAGAGCUGCAGGCAGCAGCACCUGUGCAGAGCCUGGAGCUGCUGGGGGACCGGCUGUGUGUGGGUGCAGCUGGUGCUUUCUCCCUCUACCCGCUGCUCAAUGAGGCUGCGCCCUUAGCGCUGGGGGGCGGUCUGGUGCCCGAGGAGCUGCCACCAUCGAGAGGGGGCCUGGGCGAGGCCAUGGGCGCCGUGGAGCUCAGCCUCAGUGAGUUCCUGCUACUCUUCACCACCGCUGGUGUCUACGUGGACAGUGCCGGUCGCAAGUCCCGCAUCCACGAGCUGCUGUGGCCAGCAUUGCCCACGGGCUGGGGCUACGGCGUCCCCUACCUGACGGUGUUCAGUGAGAACUCCAUUGAUGUGUUUGACGUGAGGAAAGCAGAAUGGGUCCAAACUGUGCCGCUCAAGAAGGUGCGGCCCCUGAACCUAGAGGGCUCCCUGUUCCUUUUUGGCACCGAGAAGGUCCGCCUGACCUACCUCAGGAACUGUCUGGCAGAGAAGGACGAGUUCAACAUCCCCGACCUCACCGACAACAGCCGGCGCCAGCUGUUCCGCACCAAGAGCAAGCGCCGCUUCUUUUUCCGGGUGUCUGAGGAGCAGAGGCAACAGCAGCGCAGGGAGAUGCUGAAGGACCCCUUUAUGCGCUCCAAGCUCAUCUCACCGCCCACCAACUUCAACCACCUGGUGCACGUGGGCCCCACUGAAGGGAAGCCCAGCACCAGGGACCUGUCCCCGCAGGCUCCUGAAACGAAGGGUCGAGGUGCCCGCAGCUCCGUCCCACAGCGGCCCCACAGCUUCUCCGAGGCCUCCCGGCGCCCAGCCUCCACGGGCAGCGAUGGGAAGGCGGACGCCAUGAAGAGAAAGCCUUGGACAUCUCUGUCCAGUGAGUCCGUGUCCUGUCCCCAGGGAUCCCUGAGCCCCGCAACUUCCCUGAUACAGGUCUCAGAGCGGCCCCGGAGCCUUCCCCUGGCCCCCGAAUCAGAGAGCUCCCCUUGACACCCUCCGGCAGGGCCCACCCACAUCCCGGGACUGAGAUGUGAGGGAACAAAGACCUUGAGGAAUGCCAUACUCCGGCUGGUCCGGGACACGCGGAAAUUCGGACUCAGGGAGAGCCUGCGCUGGGUAGAGACUGGGAGGCUGGCCUGGGUCCCCAGGACCCGGGGAGCCUGACUCCCAGCCCUCACCCCACCUUUCUCCUCUGCUCCCAGUGACGACCUGUGCUCGCCACUGGGAAGAGAAUGGCCCGCCUUCUGCCCUGGGGGCCCCUUCUGUCCUGGUGUCCACUGAUGCUUGUGCCAAAACUCUGGUUUCCAGUGCCAGGCCAGGCCUUGGGAGGCUGAUAAGCAAGAGUUGAGGUGAGGGGCGGAGGAGGGCUGGGUCCCGGAGCAGUCUCAGGUCUGGGCUGCGCACGUCUAGCCACCAAUGAGGCCAUAUCCCAGUCUCUGCUCAGGGCCAGGGUGGGAGGGACAGGCUCUGAUCUCCAGGAAAGGAAGCUAGAGAAGGAGGGGAAGGAUGUAGGUGAAAGGGGUGAGAGACAGGUGAGGAGCAAGGACGUGGAGGUGAUAGGAUGGGAAGGAGGGAAAAGCCUUCAGAGAAGGAGAAAGGGACAAAGCAGGAGGGAUGACGGAGAGGGGAGGCAAGAGGGGACGGGGAG